AUGUGUAGAGAAUACAGUCAAAUCAUACAGUCCUGCAAUCACGUGAAGAGAGAGAGCCUAAGCUUCUUCGUUGCGAAACGAGCGCUUCGCACCAAUCGCCUUCCCCAAGCUCACCUGCAGGUCAUAGACUUUGGCUCCUCCUGCUUCGAGGAUGAGCGCGUGUACACGUACAUCCAGAGCAGGUUCUACCGUUCUCCAGAAGUGAUUCUGGGAAUUCCGUAUGACACGGCGAUUGACAUGUGGUCGUUCGGGUGCAUCUUGGCCGAGUUGUACACAGGCUAUCCGCUCUUCCCCGGCGAAAAUGAGGUAGAGCAGCUGGCCUGCAUCAUGGAGCUGUUUGGCGUCCCGCCUUCAAAGAUCUUGGACGGCGCUCCUCGCAUCAAGAUGUUCUUUGAUCCCCACGGCAACCCGCGGCUUGUUCCGAAUUCGCGGGGCAAGCUCAGAAGACCGGGCGCCAAGGAGCUACAGUCCGUCCUGCGAACCUCCGAGGGGAAGUUCGUGGACUUCCUUCUGGGCUGCCUGCAGUGGGAUGCACGGGAGCGCUUCAGCCCGGAAGACGCACUACAGCAGGAAUGGAUCCUCGAAUGCUACGCCAAGUGCCUGCCUCAGGAGUAA